AUGUGCAAUGCAUCUCGCUUUCCACUAAGCAAAAUGAUACCUGUAUUAUGCCUUAGGAAUUAUUCAGAUACACCGAGGAGCGACAGUAAGAAAGCUGUCGUCAAAGUACAAGGAACAGAUACCGAGCAGCGCCUUCGCGUGCGUCUGGCCCGCCCGUCGGAUGUGCCGCGAGUGUUAAAAUUCGUUCGCGAGCACAUUCGUGUUUGGCCUGGUCCGCUUGCGCCUAAUAAUCUAGUUCUAGACGAUUAUAUUGCUAGGACUUUAGCUCAGGGUCAUUCAAUGCUAGCAGAGCAAACUCCCAAUGCCACCCGUUCCGAAAUCCUUGGCCUAGCACUCGUCGGAGCUAUAUGUUCCUGGGAUGCCAAUAUACUAGAGCAAUGGGCGAGCUGUAUACGCUGUAGGCGUUCCAAACGUCUGGUGAACUUCACAGCACACUGUCUGAGGGCGCCGAAGUUACAUGAGAAUUAUGGUGUAGAUAGGAUACUGCAGGUGACCCUAAUAGUACCGCCAGACAAGCCGAAGAGUGCAGAAAUAGCGCAAGCUUUAGCCAAGAAUGCCAUCAAACGUGGGAAGGAAACCGGGUUUCCGCUGGUACGGUUUGACGUCACUAAAGAUGCUGAUGCAAAAUCUUUGGAAGAACUUAACCUGAAGAAGGAAUGGUUUGUUUCAUACAAGAUCAUAGACGUUGCCCUAAAGGAGGACGCUCAAGGAUGCAAAGAGGACAGCAAAAAGGAUGAAACAAGUAACGACUCUUCUGGCAACUACGUAUCUGUAUACACCGCCAAGCCCUGAGUCACAGAUGACCCCCGAUGGAGUACGCAAAUUAACCUAGAGUCAGCAAGGAUAUCUACAGCAAUUCACAACGAAAUAUCUGCGUUAAUGAAUAGCCACCAAUUAUUUGGUGGCUUUGUGACGGUUUGCUAAUAAAUACCUUUUGUAUAA